GACUUAUUGCGCCUUUUUGAGCACACCUAUAAGAACAAAAUGGAAUUUUACGAUAGCAUCAUUUUAGACAACAGCUCUGACUCCGGUUCUGGGGACUAUGAUGGAGAAGAACUUUGCGACCUCUCAGUCAGCAAUGACUUCCAGAAGAUCUUCCUCCCUACAGUAUACGGGAUUAUAUUUGUCCUAGGAAUCAUUGGCAAUGGACUUGUGGUGCUUGUGAUGGGCUUCCAGAAGAAGUCAAAGAACAUGACAGACAAAUACAGAUUGCACCUUUCAAUCGCAGACCUCCUGUUUGUCCUCACCCUGCCAUUUUGGGCGGUCGAUGCAGUCAGCGGGUGGCAUUUUGGGGGAUUUCUGUGCGUCACAGUCAACAUGAUCUACACUCUGAAUUUGUACAGCAGCGUGCUCAUCCUGGCCUUUAUCAGCCUGGACCGCUAUCUUGCAGUAGUACGUGCCACAAACAGCCAAAACUUAAGGAAAUUGCUUGCGGGAAGGGUGAUCUACAUUGGAGUUUGGCUUCCAGCGACUUUUUUCACCAUUCCUGAUCUGGUGUUUGCAAAAAUCCACAAUUCGAGCAUGGGUACCAUCUGCGAGCUUACUUACCCGCAGGAGGCCAAUGUCAUUUGGAAAGCAGUUUUCCGCUUCCAGCACAUCAUCAUUGGCUUUUUGCUGCCUGGUUUGAUCAUUUUGACCUGUUACUGUAUCAUCAUCUCAAAACUGUCCAAGAACUCCAAGGGUCAGACUCUAAAGAGGAAGGCACUGAAGACCACCGUCAUCCUCAUCCUCUGCUUCUUCAUCUGCUGGUUGCCUUACUGUGCCGGCAUCCUGGUGGACGCUUUGACUAUGCUGAACGUCAUAUCUCACAGCUGUUUCCUGGAACAGGGUCUGGAGAAAUGGAUCUUCUUUACGGAGGCGCUGGCAUAUUUCCACUGCUGUCUCAACCCUAUCCUUUAUGCUUUCCUAGGCGUCAGGUUCAGUAAAUCUGCCCGUAACGCUCUGAGCAUCAGCAGUAGAUCCAGUCACAAGAUGCUGACCAAGAAAAGGGGGCCUAUAUCAUCUGUAUCUACUGAAUCAGAGUCGUCCAGUGCACUGACGAGUUAGUGUGUGCAUAUAAAAAAAGAAAAAAACUUUUCCACAUGGAUGAUUAAGCUUAUAAAAACAGGACUUUACUACAGUUUUUGUACAUUGUAAAGUAUUUUUGUGUUGAUCUGAUGACUUUUAUUUUGUAAGACUUUUAUUUUGUUUUUAUUCAGCUUUAAAACAUAUUUUAAAAUUUUUUUUUUUUUAUGUACAUGUUUGUACUUUUAUUGCCAGACCUAAAGGCUGAGCCUUGACAAAGUCUGUAUUCUUGCUGAAGGUCUUAUCAGGAAUGUUAGCAUAGUCUUUUGUUUGAUUCCCAACGCGUAGUGUAAAUUAUUUGUACAUAGUUCAUUGUUUGCCAUUGUGAAUGUGUGUAUGUGUGCACUUAGCUUUUCCAACUCAGUUUAGCUUUUUUAUAUUUAUUAAAAUGGUAGCUCACACUGUAAAAACCUUUUUAAAUGUUGAGUUUUGUAAUUUAAUUGUCACAUUUUUGACGCAUUUUAACUUCCAUUUCAUAAUAAAACCUAAAAAUCAACACUUUUAA